AUGGCUCCAAUUCAGGUAGGAUGGAUAGGAUUAGGUUCGAUGGGCAUUGGCAUGUCCAAGAACCUGCAGAAAUACCUUUCCUCCACGGGAGCCCUUCCACUGCUAUAUACAAACAGAACACUUUCUCGAGGCGAUUCCCUAAAGUCUUUAGGAGCCAAACCCGUAGAGACAGUCCGAGAAGUUACGCAAAGGUCAACUAUCAUCUUCUCCUGUGUCAGCAAUGAUGCAGUUCUGAGAAGCGUGGUCGAUGAUAUCGCUGCUUCAGGCAGUAUCAAGGGGAAAGUAUAUGUGGAUUGCUCCACGGUGCAUCCAGACACUGCCUUGGAUGUUUCGAAACAGAUCGUUCAGGCUGGCGGCGAGUUUGUGGCAGUACUGACCUCGACCCAAGCCCCCGUCUUCGGUGCUUCCCCGGUAGCAGAGGCCGGAAGGCUGAUCUUCGUCACUGCUGGUCCGAGAACGGCCAUAGAAAGGAUAAGCCCAUAUCUGAAAGGUGUAAUGGGCCGUUCGGUGAUUGAUAUGGGCGAGGAGGUCUCUAAAUCUAGCCUCCUGAAGAUAGCUGGCAACAUUUGCGUGGUUUCAUUUAUGGAAGUCAUCGCUGAAGCGCACGUGUUCGCCGAAAAGACUGGCCUUGGAUCACGCAUCCUCGAGGAUAUGUUGAGCGAUAACUUUGGUCCGGUUAUCGGAAGCUAUUCCAAAAGAAUAACGACAGGUGCAUAUGCGCCUGCGCCGAACGACAAGGCUGGAUUUGAUGUAGCUCUUGCCAUCAAAGAUGCGCGGCAUGCGCUGAAUUGUGCAAGAGAUGUCGGUGCUACACUUCAAGUCAGCGAAGUCGCUCUCAAGAACCUGGAAAUCGCGCAAGAACUCCAGCAGGGCAAGCCUUUGGACAGCAGCUCGAUGUAUGGCACACUUAGAGUGGAUGCUGGCUUGGACUUCUACACAGAUCUUUGCAAAAAGCGAGAUAGCGUUGCAUAG